AUGGAUGGUAGCGACGUUUGCAUAACUUUUAGAGUAUCUCAAGCCUAUGGUAAUCAGAAGCGUCUUGAUGUGGAAGCUAAACGAUUUGAGAAUAACGCUGCAGCGCUUGCAAAGCAGUCGGAACAAUGGCUGGCGAUCACCGAAUCACUUAACCAUGCCCUCAAGGAGAUUGGUGACGUAGAAAAUUGGGCUAAAGCCAUUCAACACGACAUGACGGUCAUUUCGACAACGUUGCAACGGGUUUAUCAAGGUAAUACGAUAUCUGAACUCGCGACCAAAAGAAUUGCCAAAGAGGAACCACAAAAAUUUCGACUGACUAUCACAAACCAGAAUGAAAUGACCUCUCUGAAAGGUUUGAAUGUGUCUACCUAA